AUGGCCAAGAAAGGGCGUACGAAGAGCGAGAAGCCCGAAGCGCUCAUCUCUGCCCUACAGGCAGCCAAUGAAGAUCUCAGGUCCAAGUUGACUGACAUUCAAAUAGAGCUACACCAAGAAAAAUGCAAGGUGAGCAAGCUGGAGCGGGACAAGCUUCAGGAGGUGAAGCGGGUGCGAGAGCAGGAGCAGCACCGGCACACUGCCAUGCUGACAGAUCAGCGGGCCAAGUGGCACGAAGAAAAGCAAAAGGAGCUCCAGGCUCUGAGGGAAAACCUGACGCGACAGCAUGAGCAGGAACUUGCCCGCCACGCCAAAAUAAAGGACCAGGAGAACCAGAGGCUCAAAGCCGCACUGAGCGCCAUGCGCGAUGGCAGCGGAGAGAAGGUGCGCACAGCAUUGACCCUGGAAGCCAAGGAGGACGCGCGCCGCUUCUUCGACCAGGAGCGAGUGAAGCUCCUGCAGGAGAUCGUGGAGCUGAAGAGCACGAAGAAGCAGACCGACGAGGCUCUCAGCAACAUGAUCCAGUCCGACAAGAUGAAGGCCGGCGACCUGCGGGUGGAGCACCAGCACCACCAGGAGCAGAUCUCCAAGAUCAAGUGGGACAGUGAGAAAGACAUCCGCAGACUGGUGGAUGAAAUCAAAUCUAAAGAACGCACCAUCUUUGGUCUGGAGAAGGAACUGGAGUCAACGGCGGGUUUCCUACAGAAGCUGCAGCUUCAGAAGGACGCCCUGGACGAACAACUGUUCCUCGUCAAGGAGGCGGAGUGUGGCCUGGGAAGCCCGAAAAGAGAGAUUCCAGGCAGAGCUGGAGACGGAGCUGAGCACUGUGGUAGCCCAGACUUGAGGAGAAACCAGAGGCGUGUUGCUGACCUCAACUCGACCAUACGCAAAUUGGAGGACCGCAACUCACUGCUGGUUGAUGAGAGGAACGAACUGCUGAAGCGAGUUCGGGAGUCAGAGAAGCAGUGUAAGCCGCUGCUGGACAAGCACAAGUUGCUGAGUAAGAGGAAUGAUGAUUUGACUCAGACGAUCCAGAAGCUGGAGGAGAAACUCAAGAACCUGACCAAGGAGAACCACGAGAUGAAGGAGAAGAUCAGCUCCCAUCCUCCACUGAAGAAGCUGAAGUCUCUGAAUGACCUGGACCAAGCACACGAUGACCAGGAAAUAGCCUUUCUGAAGCUUCAAGUCCUGGAACAACAAAGCAUGAUUGAUGAGCUGACGAGAGACCGAGAAAAACUUCUGAGAAAGAAAAGGCAUAAAAGAAGUUCGAGGCCAAUAAAGAGGCACAUCGUAGUGGACACCUUCUUUGGGUAUGAUGAAGAGUCUAUGGACUCGGAGACGUCUUCAGUGGCUUCGUUCCGGGUGGACAGAACUCCCGCUACUCCAGACGAAGACCUGGAGCAGGGUCUGGCCAACGAGGAGUCGGAGCUGCGUUUCCGACAGCUGACCAGAGAGUAUCAGGCGUUGCAACGAGCGUAUGCCCUGCUGCAGGAACAGAAAGGAGGCAUUCUGGAUGCUGAGAUGGAGGUCAGGGCUCAGGAACAGCUCCAAGCAGACACGAUCAGGUAUAAAGCCAAAAUAGAGGACUUGGAGAAGGAACUGAACCUGAAGGGACAGGACUCCAGAUGGGUGGAGGAGAAGCAGCUCUUCUUACGAAGGAAUCAGGAGCUAUACGACAAGCUGGAAAAGAUGGAGUCGGACUGUAGUCGACUGCAGCAGGAGCUGCAAGACUCCAAAGAUCAGAAUGAACUGCUGGAGUUCAGGAUACUGGAGCUGGAGGAGCGCGAGAGGAAGUCCCCUCCAUUCAACCACCUGAGGAUGCAUCCUUUCUCUGAGGGAGUCAGCGCUCUGCAGAUCUACUGUAUGAAGGAGGGGGUCAAGGACGUGUGCAUACCAGAUCUCAUCAAACUUCUAGAUAUUCUGGGAGACAAUGGGAAUUUAAGAAAUGAAGAGCAAGUGGCCAUUAUUCAGGCCAGCACUGUUUUGUCGCUAGCAGAAAAGUGGAUUCAACAGAUUGAGGGGACGGAGGCAGCGCUGCACCAGAAGAUGAUGGACCUGGAGAUAGAGAUGGAGAUGUUCUGUAAACAGAAAGGAUAUCUAGAGGAGGAGCUGGACUACAGAAAACAGGCCAUGGACCAGGCUUACAUGCAAAUCCAGGAUUUGGAAGCAACGUUAUACAACGCUCUGCAGCAGGACAAGGCGAUAAAGUACGGCGAGCCUCUGGAUGAACUUCAGAAGGACGAGCUGCGGUCGGCGGUGGAGAAGCUGAGGAGGCAGAUGCUGAGGAAGAGUCGGGAGUUCGACUGCCAGAUCCUCCAGGAGAGGAUGGAGCUGCUGCACCAGGCACACCAGAGGAUUCGUGACCUUGAAGACAAGACGGAAAUCCAGAGGAGGCAGAUUAAAGACCUGGAGGAAAAGUUUCUGUUUCUGUUCUUGUUCUUUUCUCUUGCCUUUAUCCUUUGGCCUUGA